UAGCGGCCACUCCACUCGAUUUACCGCGGGUCGGAGGUGAAGGUGAAGACACCCUAUGUCGUGGUGAUGUUUUCGUAGACAGAGUCAUCGUCUGGGUCUUGCGUACAGCUCCAUUGCUACUUCUAAAGUCAGAGACACACCUGGCAGUGAGUGAGUGUGAGUUCGUCCCGUGCCCCUUGUCCUUCCGUAUUCAUCGUCCCCUGUGUGUUCCGGCCGGCCCGGCACCGCAGUACAAUAGCUCCAGGCAUAGAAACAGUGUCCCCCUCAGCCUCCCUGGCGUGGUCUUGCAGCUAGCUACUAGAUCUCCGUUUCGGACGACGCCCCGUAGCGAGAGACGUUACAUCACACCUCGUUCAGGCUAAUUGCAGGACCUACCGGCUGCCCACACCUCUAGCUCUGUGACGGGCUGGCCUCGUUUGGCUCUGACCCCCCAAGACAGGGAAAGCACACAGACCACCAUGGCUGCCACUAGCUACAGGCAGUGGAGCGUGGACGACGUCACCAAGUGGCUCGAGUCCAUACACCUCCACUGUCUCAUUCCCACCUUUGAGAGGCUGAACAUCGCUGGCUCGGACCUCCCCCAGCUGGACGACAGUUUCCUGAGAGAGAAGCUCCGAAUCACCAAACCCGCGGAGAUGAUCGCCCUCAAGGGAGCCAUUUCUAACUUGACAGACGCACCGCUGGCUACCACGAACAGAAAAGUCUCCAAUGCAGUCGGUGGUGUAAAACCUGUGGAGAGGUCGGGGUCGUUUGAGAGGAUAAAGACCUAUCCACAAGUAUCGAGAAAGACGACGAGCUUUACACCGACAACAAUGCCGAGGAAUUUCACAGUUCCGUGUGGCGAGAAGGAAUCGAUUGUGGGGACUCGCGAGCCCCAGCUCAAGAAGGGGGCGUCGGCUCCCGAGGUCCUGGACGACCGGUGCCGCUACAGCGGGUGGAUACGCAAGCAGGGAGGCGGCUAUAAGAGUUGGAGAAAGCGCUACCUAGUCUUGAGAUUAGGCUGCCUCUACUACUUUGCAAACGAGACGGCCAAGGAGCCCAAAGGAUGCUUCACUCUCGCCGGAUACCAUACAGAGAUAUGCAAUGAUCCGGAGAUUCUAAAGAAACAGACGUGGACUCUCAAAGUUGAACCAAUCAACGGUACUCUCAGAACGUACUACAUGUCUUUUGGAGCAAAACGAGAGCUCCACGCAUGGAAGCAGGCAAUAGACGAAGAGAUAGCCGCCUGUGCUAGAAGACCAAAGUACAAUGACAGAGUACCAGGAGGAGGGAUGGUGGUGGCAGACGUGGGUGCGAUAGAGGAGGGGAGCAGCGACGAGGAGGGGGAUGAGGAGGAGCCCAUCUACGACCAACCCGACGAGGGAGACGAGGACUUCAACGAGGACGGCCAGUCUCCGAUAUACGACCGUCCAGACGAUGAGGAGGAAGAUGACCCUUACUGUGAGAUUUCCGAGGAGGUCAUCCCUGGACUGCGUCCUCCGUCUCCCCACGCCACCCUCCCUACCACUGCAAAGGGUGGGCCCAUGGCCGUCAAGUCUUUCAAGGGAAUCGACGACUGGGAGUUGGCACCGGAGCAUAGAGUACUAGGUGGUGGUAAGGGAGGAGCACCCACUGUCCCCAUGAGGUCUCCGGUGUCCCUCGGACUAGACCAUAAACAAGGUACCUCCCCGAUGAUGGUAGGUAGAGUAGGAAAUCUGGAGGAGAUGGGUGAAGAGACCUACCUACCCAUCAUAGGCUCUGGUCCCUCAGAGUCUUCCUCCUCCAUCACCUCAGAGAAGACCAAGCUUUACUCGCCUCCGCAUAAUCCGAUCAUGGAGAGACCCGAGCUGGAUCAAGACUACGAGGACGACAAGGCUCUGGACGGAGAGGACUACGGAGGAGACGACAGUGAUGCCUACUACGUCGUGUUCCGCAAGCCCGAGGAGCUCAUGCCGCCGUCGUGCCUUUUCGACAACCUCGAUCGAGCCGAGGCUGACAGGUUACUCCGUGCUAAAGGGGUUAACGGGACGUACCUCAUCCGGGCCGGGAGCCGUGCCGGCUCCGAGAAGGUUCUGUCGGUGUGGCACGAGGACAGGUGUCGUCACUACAAGCUCUUCAAGGACGAGAAUUCGCAGUAUUCGCUGACACAAGGACGGACGUUUGGGACCAUUCCAGAGCUCCUACAGAACUACUGGCAGAGCGACACUCUGCCACGUUCAGACUUUCACCUGACGGAGCCUUUUUACCCAGAUCGCUAGCAAAAACGACCUGCAUACCUGGGUUUUUUCUCCGAUUAUUUGCCAUUAUUGUCUCUGUAAAGGAUUGUUUAGUGAGCCCACCCGUGUGUUCUGUACGUAACGUGUGUGUGUGUGUUUCAUGUGUACGUUUGUGUGUGUGCGAACGGUUUGCACAAGUUGACUGCCACCUCUUGUUGCUGUGUCGAGAUCAAACAGUGAGCUACUCCUUUUGUCAGAACACUGUUCAUCCUCAUCACUAGCUCCUCAUUUUCUUUUAGUCUUAUAUGAUCACAAGUGUAUGCACACAGACUACUUUUUCCCACUUAUUUUUGAUACUGCUCUACCAAUUUUUCUGUUUUUUGUAUGUGUAUUGUAUGUUUCGCAAGGUACAUGAAUGUUCACACGACGCUAGUGACAUUUUUGCAAUUGCUAACUCAAACAUCGUGUCGUAGGUGUGUUCGAAAGAAUGCAACACAUUUUUGGCAAACGAAGCGAGC